ACAGUAGUUGCAGUUCUGGCUAGUUGACUUCUGAAGUACAUAGUAUUUCAUGGUCUUGUACAUAACCCCACCAUUGCAACAACUUUUUCAACCUCUGAUGCCUACAGAUUGGAGUCAACAGGAUAUGAGCAGGCUCGUCUCCGAGACCUGCAUAUAUUCAAGGUCUCUCGGCCCUUGUGAUAUUUUCGUAUGGGUCCAUAUUCCUCAUUGAAUUGGAGAUUUUGGUGAAAGGUCCAGAUAUUCUAUAUUUCAUUCGUAAAGCCGCCAUGGAGGUCUGGAGCUGUUCAUCCUCCUACGAAGACGAGUGCAAUGGAAACACAAUUUAUGAAACCGACUCUGAUUUUAUGGGGGACGACAUGGAAGAAGUCCUGUGUUCCGAGCGAGUUGGCAGAGUGACCAAGACCUAUCGGGAUAUAGAUGCUGUAACUAGCCUUCUAGAGGAGAAAGAGAGAGACUUGGAACUUGCUGCUCGUAUCGGCCAAUCUCUGUUAAAGCAAAACCGGGAACUGACAAAGAAAAAUGAAUUUUUGGAAGAAGAACUCGAAGCUGCUAAAGAAGAGAUCUUCCAACUUCGUCAUGAAGUCUCGAUGCGAGAAAAUCUGAUCCACCUCUACACCAGCAGCAGCGAACCUGUAUCUGUUGUCCACACACCGCUACGUCGAAACGAGUCCUCCUUCUGCCUUCAGCACAAUAUCCAUUUAGAUUCCUUGGAACAGAAACUCAAGACUCUGGAAGAUGAAAAUGAGCAAAUGCGUACUGAGGCCUGUCAUAUCCUAGAUGUAACCAAUGAAUAUGAAGACCAGGAGAGUUCCCUCAUGUUGGACUGUGUGGAGCAGUUCUCCGAGGCCAGCAGACAUGUGGCUCUGUUAGCCGAAGAGUUGGCACGUAGAGGGGAGGAUGCUGUACGACAGCAAGAGGAGAUUAGCCAGCUUCUGGCUCAGAUUGUCCAUCUUCAGCAAAAGUGUAGAAACUUCUCUACAGAGAAUGAAGAGAUACAGCAACAUCUGACCGCUGUGAAGGAACGGGAGCAGAAGCUAAAAACUGAGCUUCAAGAUUUACAAGAGAAGCACAAGCAGUGUCAGGAGAUGCUGCAAGAGUCCCAGGAAGAGCUGAAGAACCAAAGAAACCGGAGUCUUCCCAAUAGUACCAUUAGCCGAUAUAGCACCCUUAACAUCUUCCCACUGGAUUCUCUGGCUGCCGAAAUCGAAGGGACCAUGAGAAAAGGGAUGGAUUCCUCCUCAGAGCUCAAGAGCUAUAAACGAGUGUUUGAGACUGUGAAAGCUGCUAACCAGGUGGUGAGAGCCAGAUCUCGCUGCCCAUCUCCACAGAAUCUCACUGGUUCUCGAGCACCCUCCCAAAGGCCAUCAGCUGCCCCCAGCCGCAUGGGUACCCCACCCCUGAGCCAUUACGAGUCAGAGGGUGCCUCCUCGCUUCUGUUAGAAGAGGAAACAGUAUUACCUGGGCAGGACAGUGAAACAUCAACUGCUAUAGAGAAGAAGUUGGGUAUGCCCGGGACCCCUGGAGGUCAUGACCUUGCAGCAGCUCUUCAGAGGCUUAGUUCUCAGCAAGAUUCGCACUCCCCUGAAAGUUUGUUCGAGGAGAGGGAAUUGAAACUUAUUAGAGAUCGAGAUCUCUCCAGUGGUUUGCUCACACCCAACGAUAGUGUCUUGUCCAAUGGCACCAACUACUCUGGUAUAUCUGAUAUCAGUGGCAGUUCCAGCUUCUCCUUCAGUUCCAGAUCCCACCUGCCUGAGAAACUGCAAAUUGUUAAACCAAUUGAAGGGUCAGCCACCCUAAUGCACUGGCAGCAGCUAGCUAAACCCAAUCUCGGCGGCAUCUUGGACCAUCGACCUGGUGUCCUCACCAAAGACUUCCAGGAACUGGACGGGGACUUGGAAGAUGUUUACAACCUCAAUGACUUUGAGGAGGAUGAUAUGGAACCUAUCUGCUUUCAAGCUUUGGCCUCAUCCACUCCAACUAAAAAAAGGGAUAAUAUUUUUCGUUCUGUUAACAACCUUCCCCAGACCCCAUCUACAUACACCAUAACCACCUCUCCCAUGUCACAUCCACUUCAAGACAUCACCAUGGUUACCUCCAGUCUUCGUAAUACACUUCUGCCCUCUUGUGGAAGCUUCGAGAGCCUGAGUAAUGUCACAAUGGAAUCCCAGAAGCAGCCACAGGAAACGGCUCCACCUAACCAUGACCAAUUAAGCUCUGAAUCCAACAAUCCUUUGGGACUUAUUACUCUUUUGAAGGAACGUGGUAUAUCUGCUACUUGUGGUCCCAGCAAUAAAAACCUGGGUGGUGAGACUGAACCACCAACUCCAACUGCCAGCCCAGGAAUAUUUGCAUUAGGUUGGGGCAGGACUUUAAAUAGAUUGGGUUUUGGCAGGGCCAUUAUGGACGGUGGAGUUGUGAACAGGACCUCAGACAAUGUUCAGCCGCAAAGCAGCAUCUUCAGCAUCAAUUUGGUGGGCCAGUUGAGAAGGCUCGGGUUGAAUCAGGUGGUAGAAAGAGGCAUAGCCUCCUUUCAAAAGACAACAGAAACCACAAACCCUCAGCACUAGCUCCAAACCAUCAAACUGGUCAGGUCAAGCAGCAAAAGAAAAUGUAUGAAACUCUUUUUUUCUUUUUCUGUGCGACAGAAGUCCACCGUGCACAAAGUGGACAUUUGUUGGCAUGCUCUUCAAAAAUGACAACAUACCUGAAGUCAGACCACGGAUUCCAAAAUAGAAUUUUAAAAUGAACAUGCAACUUUUAAAGAACUAUGGUCAAUGAGUUAUGUUUCUGUUGCCAAGCAAUUGUUGAUUACACGGUUUACCGACCACUCCUAAACAAAUUGCAAAAGAUGACUUUGUGUAGCAUUGCGACACCUAGUGUAAUAUCAUGGGUAUAGCAGGUCAUCCAGAUAAAUAGGACCCAGUAAAACUCAAAUUGGAUUUGUAAAGCUGGCUAAACAUACUUUGUUUAAAAUAUCCAAGUAACAUAUCACUGAAAACCAUUGGCGGCCUCCCUCUGCUGGCAGAGUCUUAGCAAAAUUAUUAUUUCAUCAUGACUUUCCCCUAUGCAUAUCGUGCACAUUGUCUUUUUACCUACAUUUACAUUUCAGUGUUUUUAUACAGCUGUGCAUUCUGUCUUGGGUUCCAAACUCCUUUUACGUCAUUUGCUUUGCAUGUCCUGGUUCCACAGGUUAAAAAAAACAAAACCUUAUAUGGAGAUUUUCUUAAAUAAGGAAUAAUAUGUUUUAAUGACAUAUGGGC